AUGAUCCUUCCUCGCCGGCCGCCGCGGCUGCUUCUCGUCGUCGCGACCACAUUCAUCCUAAUUCUACUCAUCUAUAACCCAUACUGGCUAUCUGCGCCCAAGAAAGCGCCAAGACCAGUGCAGCACAAUAUUCAGUUCAGACCGAGCUCGUUCAACUGGACGGCCGCCCGACAAUUCCAUCCCGUGUCGACCCCCUUGGCGCGUCUACCGACAGGCAACCCGCUCAAGCUUCCCCGAAUUCAAAAUGAUUUCGGCGUCGCGAACCCACACCCAGAGGCACCGAAGCGUCAGAAGGCCGUCCGAGACGUCUUCAAGAAGAGCUACGAUAGCUAUAAGCGUUAUGCGUGGACGCGGGACGAGCUCGAACCGGUGACUGCGGGAGCCAAAGAUACAUUUGGAGGAUGGGCGGCGACACUCGUGGACUCGCUAGACACUUUGUGGAUCAUGGGCUUCAAAGAGGAGUUCUACGCUGCGGCUGAAGUUGCGGUCCAAAUGGAUUGGGCGAAGACGGCGGAGAAGAGCGCGAAUAUGUUCGAAACCACGAUCCGUCAUUUGGGCGGCCUUCUUAGUGCGUACGACUUGAGUGGGGAGAUUGCUCUCUUGGAAAAGGCCAAGGAACUCGGGGAUAUGCUGUACAUGGGCUUUGAUACGCCCAAUCGCAUCCCGGGAUUCUGGCUGAAUUUCGAAGACGCCACUAAGGGAACUCAACUUGCGGGUACUCACGAUCCAUCGGCUUCUCCCUGUUCCCUUUCUCUCGAGUUUACUCGAUUGUCGCAGCUUACGGGAGAUAUGAAGUACUUUGAUGCAGUAAACCGCAUCACUCGCUUCCUCGAACGCACUCAGUUCAAGUCGAAGCUUCCCGGGAUGUGGCCGAAGAUGAUCGACUUCCAGAACGAACGCGUCGACUCUGACGGAUUUUCUCUGGGCGCACUUGCGGAUUCUCUGUAUGAGUAUUUGCCGAAAAUGUACGCUCUCAUGGGCGGCUUGGACAAAGCAUACGAGAAGAUGUACAUCGGUGCCAUGACGAUUGUGGAACAGCACAUCCUCUUCCGGCCGAUGAUGCCAGAAUCGGAGGACGCCAACAUACUUUUCGCAGGGGAGGUUUCUGUGCACUCCGACAAGAUUGACCAUGUUGCUGACGGUCAGCAUUUGUCCUGCUUUGUUGGCGGAAUGCUGGGUCUGGGCGGAAAGCUCUUCUCCAUCGAUGAUCACGUCGACCUGGGGGAUCGUGUUGCUCGUGGAUGUGCCUGGGCCUAUGACGCGAUGCCGACAGGCAUCAUGCCAGAAAUCUUCGGUCUCAUUGGGUGUUUCUCGGUGAAAGAGAAAUGCCCGUGGGAUGAGAAGAAGUGGGAGCAAGAUGGCGACAAGAGGUUGAAAAAGGGAUUCAGGAAUGCUCGCGAUCCCAGGUACAUUCUGCGACCCGAGGCCAUUGAGAGCGUGUUCCUCCUCUACAGGAUGACCGGAAAGCAAGACUUGCAAGAUAUUGCAUGGCGUAUGUUCCAGUCUAUCAUCAAAGCGACUGGGACGGAACACGCCAACUCAGCGAUUGCGGAUGUGACAGUCCCCCCCGACAAAACUCACAAGAUAGAUUCCAUGGAGAGCUUCUGGCUUGCGGAGACAUUAAAAUAUUUCUAUCUCAUUUUCUCGCCUCACGAGCUGAUAAGCUUGGACGAUUUUGUGUUCAACACAGAGGCACACCCUUUUAGAAUCCCGAAGUAG